GGAGCGAGGGACUUUUUUGAAGACUCGCCCCAAUAAAGCAGAAACAUUCCAAGCUGGUAAAGUUAAAACCACCCCCACAACCCGCCUUUACUUUUUCUCCAUUUUGCUUUUUACAAGAAUUAAAAAUAAAAAAUAAAACAGCACUCAUCAAUGUAUCUCUGUAAAAUCUCCAUUCUUGGUUUCCUUGAUGCUUGACAUCGGAGCUCGAUUCAAUCAUUAGAGACACUCGUGGAGAAUAUAAUGGAUGGAAUUUCUUAAGCUGUUGUUGCUAUGGGUUUCCAGAUCCUUGGUUCGGGUAUUUAGAAGACCCAUUUCAUAGUUAACUGGUUCUACAUAUCUGCGUCUCGGUUCCUUCUCUCUGUCAUUCUCUUUUCCUGAGAUUUUGUGAGAUACCCUAUUAAAGUCGAUUAUGGGGAAGAGAGGAAAUAAGUUGUUUCUGAAUUUGAAUGCCUUCUCUACCGUUUUUUGAAUGUCCAAGUUGCAGUCUUAGACAGUGGGUGAAAGGUUUCGUAGAACUUUUUAGAUUUUUUUUUUUUUUUAAUUUUUGAAACUGCACUGUUUUAUCUUUCGGCAAAGUUCAUAAUUUUCAUCUUCGCUUUCUUGUUGCAGAGAUAUUAGUGCAUUUUGGAUUUGGGUCUUCUGGUUUUGAUAUCUUUUAUGCUUUUAAUGGCAACCCAGUUUAGACUUGGUCUCUUUUAAAGUUUCUGUAGGUUUCUGCCAUUUUGUGAGGCACCCAAUUGGGGAUUAGAGAGGAGACGACAUUGCUUGUGAGCUCUGAAUCUUGAUAUUUACAAAUUACACAUAGUGAGGAAACUAAGUGAUGGUUACAAGGGAAGUCGAGUAAUUUUGGGUUCGAUAUCCUUGAUUUCAUUCUUAAUGUUGUUUGUCGUCUACGCUGUCAUAAACACUUGUUGAAUAUGGCCGAAUUUAGAGUUGCAAGAGUUGAACAAGGUCAUGCCAAGAUUAGGAACGUCCCCAUUGCCGUAACACCAGAAGGUUUUUGGUGCUGCCCUUCUCCCGUCGUGUUCCAGAAGACCCUCAAAGCACAAAAUCCUCAAAACAAACCCAAACCCUCCCCUCAACCACCCAAAACCUCUGUUCAGAAGAAACAAACGCCUCUUACCGAGAGAAAAUCGGCUACUCCAUCAAGAUCAAAAACAGUUUCUGAUGAUCAAAGAACUGUAAGCUCCGAUACUGCUGUUGCUAGUCCACCUGUGGUUAUUGAGAGAGUGCCAAAACCCAAUACCGAGAAUUUGCAACGGAAGGUAGCAGUUGAGUUUGGUGAACCUGCAACCAGUGAUUUGAAGGUGGUUUUAUCUGGGAAGCAGGGAUUUUCUGUGAAAAUGAGUGUUCACAAGAAUGUGCUUGUGGAAAAUAGCAGUUUCUUUGCUGAGAAGUUGUCUCAACAAGAGUCUCCUUUGACCUGCCUUGAACUUGGUGACUGUGAAGAUGUGGAGAUCUAUGUGGAGACUGUGGGGUUGAUGUACUGCAAAGAAAUGAAACAGAGGUUAAUCAAGCAAAGCGUUUCACGAGUACUCCGUAUUCUCAAGGUUGCAGAAUUCCUUGGUUUCCACAUGUGCGUAAAGUCAUGUUUGGAAUACUUGGAAGCUGUUCCUUGGAUUGGAGAAGAAGAAGAGGAAAAGGUGGUCUCAUCAGUCUUACGACUCUGCAGUGAUGGUAUCAAAGUCACCCCAGUAUUGAAAAGGGUGUCUUCUGAUAUCUCCAACCCCCCUAAUGAUACACUAGCACACAUAAUGGAACUUGUUCUCAAAAGCAAUGAGGAGAGAGGUCGGCGUGAGAUGAAAUCCUUAGUAUUAAGGCUCCUCAGGGAGAAUAACAAGCUUCCUGUUAAUAGUGGUGGUAUAGCUGACAUUUGCAACGUAAAUAUAUAUAAUUCAUGCCGAAACUGCUUAGAUUCUUUGUUGCUUCUUUUUAGGCAAGCUGCAGAUCCAGGAUUUACUGAUAAAUCCAUGGAUGGGAAAGGUUCUGUUGUGAAGCAGAUAGCUCUAGAGGCUGAUAAUCUUCUAUGGUUGCUUGAAAUAUUAGCUGAUAGGCAAGCGGCCGAUGAAUUUGCAUUGAUAUGGGCCAGCCAGCAAGAAUUGGCAACCUUGCAUUCAAGGCUGCCAACAGUGUCUCGCCACCUUAUUAGCUGCAUCACGGCAAGGUUAUUUGUUGGAAUUGGAAGAGGGGAGAUCCUUCCAUCUAAGGAUACUAGACUGCUGUUGCUACAGACAUGGUUACAGCCAUUGAUUGAUGACUACAGCUGGUUACAGCAUGGUUGCAGGUCAUUUGAUAGGAAAGUGGUGGAGGAAGGAAUGGGGCGGACAAUACUGACACUGCCACUAGAAGACCAGCAGAGUAUCUUACUUUCAUGGUUGGGAAGUUUCCUCAAAGCAGGGGAUAGUUGCCCCAAUCUUCAGAGGGCCUUUGAGGUCUGGUGGAGGCGGACUUUCAUCAAGCCAUUCACAGAAACGCAAGGAGACCUUGUUCAGUCAGAAAACUCAGUGGCAUCAAAUACGGACGUUUUAUCAUAAAAAUCUGUGGUGGUCAUGGGGGCACUGACGUAUGUAAAUUUCCAAGAGAUUGUCUUACAGUGUGAAAGUAAAGGACAAAGAUCUAAUUCUGGGUUGGUUGCUUCUUCAGGAACUUCUUCUAGGACUAAUAUUGGGUGGGUGCUUCCUUCUUGUGUAAUUUCUUGUGGAUUGGUGCUAACUGUAGCCAUGUAUGCAUCUUCAACGUGUGUCUUUCGUGAAAUUGAUCUGUGAAUUCUUCAUUGGAAUUGCUUAUAUAUAAAAUGUUAUUUUUUUCUUGAGUAAA